AUGGGCAGCGCCGGAGCCACCCUCGUCCGCUUCCUGUUGUUGGCCUCGAUCGUCGCCGGGUUCGCGGCGCAUCUCGCCGCGGGGGAGAAGGACUGCUACGACGAGAAGGACAUGAUCAUGCACAUCUGCAUCAAGAGCAUCAAGAAGGAUGGCUUCUACAUGCCCGCGAGCCAGGCCUGCAAAAACGAGGUGAAGAAGGUUGACAUGCCCUGCAUCUGCCGCGUCCUCACCCCCUCCGACGAGCAGACCGUCAGCCCCGUGAAGCUCGUCCUCCUCGCCCACGAGUGCCACAUCGAACUCCCCGUCGGGACUUACACCAUCGGGGGGCGGGUGCCACCACCAUCCGCGCAUGCGUGA